CGGCGGUGGGAAAUUCAAGGCCGCCUGCUUUCGCCCGGUAUAAAAGCCGCGGCUGACACUGGUUUGAGGUACUCUGUCUCGUACAGGCUUAGAAGAAGCAUCAUCUAUAAGGCAUCAUGCGUUCCCUUGUGCUCGUGAGCGUAGUCCUGGGAGUGGCCCUCGGCGCCCCCCAAGGAUUUCCUCUAGACACUCCUGAAGUAUCGGCGGCGCGCCAGGCCUUCAUCGCAGAGUACAACCGCCUCGCCGAGCUCGCCGCGGCGGCCCCUGACAUCCACAUCUACCACGAGGACCCCCGCGACCGCCUCCAGCGCCUGCAGGUCGCCGCACCCCUCGCCACCAGCCAGGCCGUCCCCGCCUUCAACGACUACUCCUUCUCCGCCAGCCUCGGCAACAACCAGCAGUU